CCGUAUAAAAAUUCUCGAGGAUUUUGCCGAUGAAGCGAAAGCAAGAACACACAUCGAGAGGAGCUCCAACAUGGAGGCCGAGUUCCAGGAUGGUAAGAAGGAUGUUAUUGAAGCAUGGUACAUGGAUGAUAGCCAAGAAGACCAGAGGCUUCCUCAUCACCGUGAACCUAAAGAAUUCAUUCCUCUUGAGAAGCUAUCAGAACUAGGAAUCAUCAGCUGGCGCCUAAACCCUGAUAACUGGGAGAAUGAUGAGAACCUCAAGAAAAUCCGUGAAGCCAGAGGCUACUCUUACAUGGACAUUUGUGAUGUUUGCCCAGAGAAGCUGCCAAAUUAUGAGACUAAGAUAAAGAAUUUCUUUGAAGAGCACCUGCAUACUGAUGAAGAAAUAUGCUAUUGUCUCGAAGGGAGUGGAUACUUUGAUGUGAGGGAUCAAAAUGAUCAGUGGAUCCGUGUAGCAUUAAAGAAAGGAGGCAUGAUUGUUCUGCCUGCAGGGAUGUAUCACCGCUUCACAUUGGACACUGACAACUACAUCAAGGCGAUGCGGCUCUUUGUUGGCGAACCUGUGUGGACACCGUACAACCGUCCCCACGAUCAUCUGCCAGCGAGGAAGGAGUAUCUGGACAAACUCCUCAAGACAGAAGGAGGAAAUCAAGCUGUUGAAGCACGUUGAGGGCGUUUGAACCUACUUACUCGGGCUGUUGAAACGCGUCCUAUGGACAACCUGAAUAAUAUGCUGGAUGUGAAAGUUCUUAUCCCAGUGGUGCGUUCUCGACUCCUGUGAAUCAGUUGGCCUGUACCAUACACUGUCGAUAUCUUCAAUAAACAGAAAUGGGAGCUGAUACGGAUGUAAGGUGCAUGAUGCUGAAAAAUGAUCCAAGCUUCCUCUGAGAAAUGCUUGUGCACACAGAUUUAUUGAGGAAUACAUUCCUUAAAGCUCGAUUCGGAUU